AUGGGUGUUGUUGUGCUUCCUGGCUCGCUUCCUGGCUCGCUUCCUGGCUCGCUUCCUGGCUCGCUUCCUGGCUCGCUUCCUGGCUCGCUUCCUAACUCGCUUCCUGGCUCGCUUUUUAAUUCGCUUCCUGGCUCGCUUCCUGGCUCGCUUCCUGGCUCGCUUCCUGGCUCGCUUCCUAACUCGCUCCCUGGCUCGCUUCCUGGCUCGCUUCCUAAUUCGCUUCCUAACUCGCUUUCUGGCUCGCUUCCUGGCUCGCUUCCUAACUCGCUUCCUGGCUCGCUUCCUGGCUCGAUUCCUAACUCGCUUCCUGGCUCGCUUCCUAAUUCGCUUCCUGGCUCGCUUCCUGGCUCGCUUCCUGGCUCGCUUCCUGGCUCGCUUCCUAACUCGCUUCCUGGCUCGCUUCCUGGCUCGCUUCCUAAUUCGCUUCCUGGCUCGCUUCCUGGCUCGCUUCCUGGCUCGCUUCCUGGCUCGUUUCCUGGCUCGCUUCCUGGCUCGCUUCCUAACUCACUUCCUGGCUCGCUUCCUGGCUCGCUUCCUGGCUCGCUUCCUAACUCGCUUCCUGGCUCGCUUCCUGGCUCGCUUCCUGGCUCGCUUCCUGGCUCGCUUCCUGGCUCGCUUCCUGGCUCGCUUCCUAACUCGCUUCCUGGCUCGCUUCCUGGCUCGCUUCCUGGCUCGCUUCCUAACUCGCUUCCUGGCUCGCUUCCUGGCUCGCUUCCUAACUCGCUUCUUGGCUCGCUUCCUGGCUCGCUUCCUGGCUCGCUUCCUAACUCGCUUCCUGGCUCGCUUCCUGGCUCGCUUCCUAACUCGCUUCUUGGCUCGCUUCCUGGCUCGCUUCCUGGCUCGCUUCCUAAUUCGCUUCCUGGCUCGCUUCCUGGCUCGAUUCCUAACUCGCUUCCUGGCUCGCUUCCUGGCUCGCUUCGUAACUUGCUUCGUAACUCGCUUCCUGGCUCGCUUCCUGGCUCGCUUCCUGGCUCGCUUCCUAAUUCGCUUCCUGGCUCGCUUCCUGAUUCGCUUCCUGGCUCGCUUCCUGGCUCGCUUUCUAACUCGCUUCCUGGCUCGCUUCCUGGCUCGCUUGCAUCAGAGCAACCGCACUUACUAGUCCCAUCUCCCCCCCACUCCCUCCAGAUUGCGCUGACCAGGAGCGGCUCUCCCAUCGUCCUGUCGGCUCUCCCAUCGUCCCAUCAUUGCGCGGACAUUCUUGCAGCAGGAACAACUCUCCCAUCGCCUCUUGCCACGGCAACCGAUUACGACGAAGCAAGCAGAGCAAAAGGGACGCCCUCGCGAGGGUACAAGCGCGAAGACGGUGUCUGCUGGAGCCGGGCCGAGAUGGCAUGCUACGCAGCGAUAGGCAGCGCCGGGUAUCCCACAAGAGACGCCGCAGAAGAGCGCGCGCAGCCGCAUGUGUCUGGUGCCCUUGAAACGAAACUGCGGCAAUACCACCGGUACCGGCGGGAGUGCCUGCGAGUGGAGCCAAUGGAACAGCUGCGAGCCACACUGCUAGCCGGCAAUGCCACUGCCUGCCGCUACUUGCUCUACCAUCAAACUAUAGACGGGCAGGGCAACCGGCUGAUGUCUCUCGUCUCCUCGUUUGCGUACGCGCUGCUGACGGGUCGGAUUCUCCUGCUGGUGUCCCGCAGUGGUCCCGCUACAGAGUUCUGUGAGCCAUUCGAGCAUGAGGCAUCGUGGGUCCUGUUCGAUGGGUCGGAGGAAGAAGGGGAGAGGAAUGCGAGGCUGCUACACAACCAUGUGGCCCAGGAGUGGAGGAGCGUGAGGGAGGGAGAGGAGGCACGGGCGUCGGGUGACAAGCUGCUGCCACCAAUGUGCGUUCUGCUACGCCUGGACAUUAACCAAGCAACCUCCCCGUCUGGCUUCUUGUUCUUCUGCGAGGCAGAGCAGCAGUGGCUCUCCCACACGGCCACGUUACUCCUCACCUCCAACCAAUACUUCCUCCCCGCGCUCUACCUCCUCCCCUCCUUCCGCCGCCUCCUCCGCCUCCUCUUCCCGGCGCACAUGCCCUUCCGCUCGCUCUCCCGCCUGCUGCUCUUCCCCCGCAACCGCAUCUGGGCGGGCAUCACCCACCGCUACCACACCCUCCUUGCCCCGGCGCCCGCUCGUGUCGGCCUGCAGGGGCGCUUUUCAACGCAUGCAAGGGAGAGCACAGUAGCUUGGUACACUACCGCUAUGGGGCGUUGCAUGCUGCAAGCUCUCAACUCCUCCACCGUGCAGAGAGCAAGGGGUAUGCGGCUUGCCAGGGAGGCGGCUUUGCAGCCAAAUCAGGGUCCUUUUGAGAUGCGGCGGGGACGGGAUAUGCGAGAGGGGGAGGGAGGGGGAGAGGGAGUAGGCUCAGCAGGGCGGGGCACGAGUGGGAGUACUGGGCACGGGGUGGGAGGUGUGGGUGAGAAUGGUGCACUCCGGGGUGUGCAUAACCUCUCAGAGGCAGUGACGGCUGAUGUGCCUGUAGCGAGAGUGACAGUGGGAAGUGACACUGCUUGUGCUCCUACACAGGAAGAGCCACCACCCAAUAGUACUGCCUCCACUGCUGAUCCUGCCGCGCCUGCUGCUACUCAGCAGCAGCAGCAGCAGCAGCAGCAGCAGCAGCAGCAGCAGCAGCAGCAGCAGCAGCAACAGGAGCGGCAGCGGCGUUGGCAGCAGCAUUAG